GCCGACCUUGAGGGAAUUGGUUCUUGUUUUGAUUUUAGUUUGAAUUCAAUACUUUACGCAUACUUAUAUUUGUUAUUUAAUAAAGACAUUCGUUAAAAAAUGCGUAUCCCACAUGUUCUGAUAACUGGUGCUAAUCGUGGAAUCGGCCUUGAGUUUGUAAAACAAUUUCUCAAUCUCCCUUCUCCUCCUAAUCUUAUAUUUGCUACUUGCCGAAAUCCUGACAAAGCUGACGAUCUUCAGAAUUUAGCAAAAUCUCAUGAUAAUGUCAAGAUAUUGCAACUAGACGUUAAAGAUGAGAAGAGCUUCCCUAAAUUUCGUCAGCAACUUGAACAAGAAAUUUCAGAAACGGGUUUAAAUUUGUUAAUAAAUAAUGCUGGUAUAGCCAUUUGGAAGGAUUUAGAUAAUGUGACAAAGGAAGAUAUGAUGGAAAAUUUUGAAGUCAAUACAGUUAGCCCACUUCUUUUAACUAAAGAGCUACUGCCUUUGUUGAAAACAGCUGCUUCAAAAAUUGGUGGUGAUAGUUUAUCAUGUGCUCGUGCAGCUGUCAUUAACAUUACCUCUAAAAUGGGCUCAAUCGAUGAUAAUACUAGUGGUGGCUUUUAUCCUUACAGAACUAGCAAGACUGCUUUAAAUAUGGUUACAAAAUCAUUAUCUGUAGACUUAAAGCCACAUGGAAUUUUAGCUUUUGUUCUCCACCCUGGUUGGGUUCAAACUGAUAUGGGAGGUAAAAAUGCUUUGAUUACAACAACUACGAGUGUUAGUGGCAUGCUAAAUACUAUUCAACAAGCAAAUGAAAAACACUGUGGUAUUAUGUUUAAUUAUGAUGGAAAACCAAUUCCUUGGUGAGAGCUUUUAUUACAUUUUAUCAAUUAUAUUAGCUACAAUGUAUCCAAUCACUACCCAGAUUAAUUUUGUUUUGAUUGCUAUCCAUCAAUGGCAAUUGCUCUAGAUGUUCCUUUAAUUUAAUUUGUUAAGAUUUGCUCAAUUUUUUUUUCUUGUAAUUAUAAUUCUUGUUGUUUGAUAAAAUGUCAAAUAUUUGCUACUUGUUAUUCUAAUUUUUCAAUAAAAGCAUUCUGUAAUUA